AUGCCAUCUAAUCCAAGUUUUAAUUGGCUGAAACUACAAAAUGUAUACUAUAAUAUCAGAACAUGCUACGAUGAAUUGAAUUGGACAAUCGACAAUUUAUAUUCCAACUACCUAGUAUCGUUAUCUCCUAAUGCAACUUUGAUAGCUAUUGCUUCAAAAAGUGCACCACAUCCAAAUUUAAUUGAAAUAUACUCGAUCAGUGGUCACAAACUAUGGUCAGUAGUCUAUAAUAGUACCCACAAUGAUUAUAUUCAGAGUUUUCAUUUCACAAGAGAUGAGGAUUUGAUAAUAGUUUUGAAUAACGGCAAAUAUAGACAUUAUUAUGACUUGAUAGGUAACUUUAAUGAGUACAACUUUGUGGAGAAUUUAGUCACUAUGGAUAACAUAAGCCAAACACCUAACGGUGCUGAUAAAAUUGACCCAAAUUCAGACAACACUCGAAUAAUUACCAAUUUAGAAAACAACCAAACUGAAGAAAUAGUCAAGAUAAUGGAGGUUAAGACGUGGAAUAAAUUUUUAGUUGUGCGGCUCGAAAGCAAGCUUAUAGUCACAGAUUUGGACUCUUUCACGAAUUAUGCUGUUUCUUUAGCAAGUUAUGCUGCUUCGGACUUUGAGUGUUUCAACAUUCAAGGAAAGACCGGCACCAAAAAAGCUGUUACUAUUCAAUUAGGGUAUCGUAAAAGUAUACUUUCCAUUGACGUCGAUUUUGAUUUAGCAAGCUAUGAAAUAGUUGAUCAAGAAUUAACUGAUGGACCAUUCAGCUCCAUUGCGAUAUCACCUAGUGGACAACUCAUUUCAUUAUUCAACAAACAAUUAAAGAAAAUAUUUGUUAUAAGCAACAAAUUUGACCAAAUAUUAUUGGAUUAUGACACUUCAAAUGAAAGCAGCGAUCCAUAUCAAGUGCAAUGGUGUGGGAACGAUGCAAUAGUCUUGUCAUUUAAGGAUGAGAUAAAACUAAUUGGACCAGGUCAACAAUCAAUUUCAUUUUUUUAUGACAUAGAAGAUGACGAUGAAUUUGAUUUAGAUAAUUUAAUGGUCAAAAAGGACAAUAAGAGUUCAGAUUAUAAAAAAUUUGAUGAUUUACUUUUCACAAUUCCUAUCUUACAAACUAGCAUUGAUGGGUUAAGGAUUAUUACCACCACUAAAGUCCAGUUUUUAAGCAGAGUGCCUGAAACUUGUGUUCAAAUGUACCAAGUUGGAUCAACAGCCCCCAGUAGUAUUUUGGCUGAUUGUGUAGACAAAUUUUCUGCAAAUGCUUCUAAAGCUGACAGCAAUAUUUCUUUAUUGAGAGCAGACAACACGUUGUUAAAGGCUAUGGAAGAUUGUCUUCAAGUUGCUUUAGAGGAGUUUUCGCCAGAUUGGCAGAGAAGAGCUUUAAAGGCAGUAUCAUUUGGAAAGGUAUACUACGAUGAUUAUUUCGAUUCUGACAAAUUUGUAUCUGUCGUUGAUAACAUUAAAGUCUUGAAUCUAAUUCGGUCGCCAGAAUUGGGUUUGUUUUUAACUUACCAGCAGAUCGAGAACAUUGGUGGCUGGGAAGAAGUGAUAAAAAUGCUUUUACGAAGAAACCACCAUGACCUAAGUCUAGACAUCAUUAAGAAAUUGAAUUUGGGGAAUGCCAAACCUUUAGUAUAUAUUCAUUGGUGUUGUUAUAAGAUUAGGAAAGAGUUGGAUAUGUCUGAUAUAGAUUUAUUCAAAUUGAUCACUGACAAGCUAAUUUCCUCUACAAAAAAAGCGAGGGUCAAUUAUAUUUCCACUGAUCAAAUAUCAGAAACUGCACAUGAAGAAGGAAGAGAGGAAUUGUGUAAAUUGUUGCUUCAUUUGGAGCCAUCAGUCAUAAAGAAAAUUGGUAAGCUCUUGGAUCUUGAUGAAGAUGAACUAGCAUUGCUUAAAUCUUUCCAAAACGGGAACUAUGAUUUGUCUACUUUGAUUUUGUUAUAUUUACAAGAUAACUUGACCACAUCACAAUUUUUUAAAGUAUUAAGUCAAACUGAAAGUGUUUCAAAAAAGGAGAACUCGACAAAGCAAGCCAUUGAGAAGUUGGACAUUGAAUUUAAAUCAGAAUACAUACAAGUUACCGGAGACGUUGUUGGUCAUGCUUGGGAAGAAUCAAUAGCAAAGGAUUCAUCGCCACGUUUACUUGAGACAUAUCUUAAGCAUGAAGACAGGAUAUACGAAUUGAAUGUCUUUAAGAUACAGCAAUUUAAACAUGAUUCUGACGUGCACAGGGAUAACUAUUACGAACUGUACAAGUCUGUAUUGACUAAAUGUAUCAAUAGGUCAACAAACCAACGUAUCUCCAAAGCAUUGCAGCGUGAAAUUCAAAUUUUGGAGUUACAAAAGAAGUUAAGCGAUACUUAUUUGGCAGAUUUUUACCAAGACAAGGCUUUGAUGGGAAUAUUAAAACGGUUGAUUGUCAUGAAUCAAAUUAAACCUGCCAAAAAAAUUGCUGCAAAUUUUCAACUAUCAGUGGAAAAAUUCUGGUAUCUUGUAUUAAACACAUUAAUGGACCGAUGUGAAUUUGAUCAGUUGUACGAGUUUGCUUUUGGUUCGAGUGAUCAGACUUCUGGAAAUUCCCCAAUUGGAUUUGAGCCAUUUGCUGAAUUAGGUUUGCGAAAAAACGCCCCACAAAGUCAUAUUUCUACAUAUAUCAGAAACUCGACCAAGUACAAAUAUGAAGAGAGAAUAUCUAUGUUUAUCAAAAAUGAUGAUUACGAAUCUGCUGCAUUAGAGGCAUUCAGAAAUAAAGACAUUGAAAUUUUGAAGAGUUUACUUCAAAAGAUACCCAAUUCUAACCAAGCUGGCACUCAAGUAGUAAAUAGUUAUAUUCAACAGCUUGGCUACUAA